AUGGCUCCCUCUCUCCCCAAGACCUACAAGGCCGUCGUCCUGACCCAGGCCAAUGCCCCCUUCAAGCUGCAAGACAUCGAGCUCCAGCGUCCCGGCCCGGGCCAUGUGCUUGUCAAGGUGCUGGCAUGCGGCGUCUGCUUCUCCGACGUGGGCGUCGCCGGCGGCCACAUGGGCAAUGUCUUCCCCCGCGUCCCCGGCCACGAGAUUAUCGGCGACGUUGUCGAUGUCGGUCCCGAUGUCAAGGCCUGGUCUGUCGGCCAGCGCGUCGGUGGGCCCUGGCACGGUGGCCACGACGCCAGCUGCCGCCAGUGCCGCCGGGGCCAGUUCCAGAUGUGCGACAACGAGCUCAUCAACGGCGUCUCCCGCGACGGCGGUUUCGCAGAGUACGUCUUGCUCCGCGCAGAGGCUGUCGUCUGCGUGCCCAAGAACAUGGAUCCCGCGGAGGUGGCCCCCCUGCUCUGCGCCGGUGUCACCGUCUUCAACGGAAUCCGAAAGCUGCACGUCGAGCAGGGCAACCUCGUCGCCGUCCAGGGGCUAGGCGGCCUCGGCCACCUGGCGGUGCAGUACGCCAACAAGAUGGGCUACGAGGUCGCCGUGCUCUCGUCGGGCGACGACAAGGCCAGCUUUGCCAAGGAGCUCGGCGCCCAUCACUACAUCAACACAAAGACCUCAGAUGCCGCGGCCGAGCUUAAAAAGCUCGGCGGCGCCGCCAUCAUUGUCCAGACGGCCCCCAACCCCGACGUCGUCGGCGCCCUGGUCCCCGGUCUGGCCCCCUGCGGCACGCUGCUCAGCCUGGCCCCUGUCGGGCCCGUCCAGGUCGACACCGCCACCCUCGUCUCCAAGGGCGCUAGUGUCCUGGGCUGGCCCAGCGGGCACGCACUCGACAGUGAGGAGGCGAUCCGGUUUGCCAUGAACCACGGCGUAAAGUGCAUGGUGGAGAAGUACCCCCUGGCCAAGGUCCAAGACGCCGUCGACAGCUUAAAGGCAGGCAAGCCUCGGUUCAGGAAUGUCUUGGUUAUGGAAUAG